UUCUGAUAUUUAUCACUUCUACAAUUUUCAGCUCGACUUUACAGUAGUGUUUGUAGAGUGGCAAUCAUGAAAUUUCGAAAACAGUUCACCCACCGUUCGAUUCACAGAAAUUCAUGUAUGGGGAAAAAAAUCCAGGAACCGCCCGCGGUGAAAUGAGUGCUGAUUGAGGCCUGUUAUGUCGGCUGGCCACGCCGCCGUGUCACACCUUUUUAUUUGCCGAUGUCGCCCAAAAAACAGAGUAAGAUUCGUCCUACUUCAGUGGGUGUUGAAAUGUCGCUGUCGCCCAGUAGUUUGUACUUUUUUCGGCCUUGAACUUAAGUGAUGGGGAGCUACUGACUUGAAGCAAGUUGUUCGUAAUUUAGGAUCCUGUCUAGUCUGCUACUCCUCCUGCAUUGUUUCUAGAAAUACUCUGGGUCUGGUGAUCGCGUGAACCUAUUUUUGUCCACUGUACUGCUGCCAGUCUGGUCUGUUUUAUUUUCCUUUUUUUUUUCAGUGCUUCUCGCGUCGCUGUCUAGUUUUGAGUAGUAACCUAAUGGUUUUUCGUUGAUAAAAGAGUUCGCUACAAGAUGUUUGACUGAGGUCAUACGGCUUAUCGCUAACUGACCCCUUGUUAGGCUUUGAACAUUAAAAAUGCGUUGUUGUUUCCUAACUUGAAUUCAUAAUCUUAAUUCAAAAUAUAAUACAGUUCAAGUGCAAAUUAGCGCCAAUGAUACGUGAUUUCAAGGAAGUGUUGUUGAUCCGGCUAACAUUUUUCCAAAUUGUAUAGCCGUGAGCGGCUACUGAAACAUUUAGACAUCCGACUGGUAGGUGUCGCUUCAAUACUGACGGCCAGACGCUGUCCAAAGCAGUUCCUAAAUGACAGCGAGUCAGGCUAGCCAAACAGACAGUAAAACAGGUUACCAAAAGGACAGAGUAAGAGAACAGGGUUUCUCACAGACAAAGUAAAGCUGACCGGCCAACGACAAAACAGGUUGUCUCAAAGACUGCAAAUAAUUGCCACAAGAUCUGAAAUAAUCCUUGCUGGUAAGCUGCAAUCAAAUAAAUUGCAGUAAAGAUGUUCACACUUCGACGAGACUGGAACUUUGCAGUACCGAUCAAAAUGCUUCCGGGGAAGGAUGACUCACUUAAAUUCGCCUCGCUCUCAACAUGUGACUUCGUACCUCAGAUUGCGGUAAUGCCAACUGGUUUCUGGGAGGCACGAGUUCAUAUCCCGAAAAUACCUUAAUAUUUUUCAGUCUCCUUUUCUUCAAAUUGUUUUAGUCAAAGCCCACCUGCGUGGAUCAUUUUUUUGUUUCAUCCGCAGGUCAAAAUACCAUUUUUUUUUCAUUAAAUUGCGAAAACAACCUCUGGCACUAAAUUGUUACUUAACCGCAGCGUAUGUCAUCCAUAACAAAAACAACUGAAUGAAACGUUCACGAAAAUACAGCGAAAUGAGAUAUUCGAAGGUAAAAAAAAUCUAAGGAUUAUUUUGGCUUUCAAGCCAUCUUGUGUUAACUUGAUAUAGAGAUUCUAUUGUCAGUAUCAACUUUACAUAAUCAGCCAGUGACGUGGUGGAUUAACAUAAUGCGUGCGGUAAAGCCACAUUGUUCGUCUGCCAUUUCUAUUUUAAGACCCGUAUUAAAUUAAAGCGUGUCUCUUCGAACAACGGGGCUAACUUAGGUCUUUGACUUAGCGCCAAUAUCAGCAAAGGUCACCUCGAUAUAGGCACCGUAAGUGAGUGAUGUAUGUCACACGUUGAUUUUAGCACGAUCUUCAUUCAGAGCCAAGCACAAGCUGUAAUUUUAAUUUCAUUCAAAUCAGUGACUUAAAUCUGUGUGAAUUUGGUUCAGUCGAGGCAGUGUUGUUCCUUCGCAGCGAUGACUUACGCCGGCGACACACGCAGCGCUGAUAGUCUAGAUGUAGUCCUCGUCGCUAACAAACGAAAGCCUAACUUCACGGAAGGAGAAAGCUUGUUCUUAAUCUCUCAGUUUGAGCGAAACUCGGAAAUACUCACCUCGAAGUUGAACGAUGCGACUACCAACAAACAAAAGGUCGAGGUGUGGAAGCGCAUUUGCAGAGAUUAUAACAGCAAGAAUCCGAUCGUCCUACGUACUGCUAACGAUUUAAAGAGAAAAUGGAAAAACAUGGUUCGCGCAGCAAAGAAAGAACUCCUGGAAUCUACCGCAGAUUCAGAAAGUGGCGAACAGGUAACGCCAAGGAAAUUGUCACCAGUGAGUGAAAAGAUUAUAGAGAUAUUACGCAUAACGGCCUCUAAUUGUAGAAUCGGGGAGGGAGCAGGGAUGAGUAUCGAUCGCAGUUUGGCCACAACCGAUCAGUUAGAGCAAGCUUUAUUGGAGGACGGAGAACAAGAGGAGGGGGAGGUUGCCGAGCAAAAUGAAGAGCAACGAAUCGUGCAUGUCGUGGCAAAAACCGGAGAAAUAGUUUCCCCAACCUCAAACAAUGAGCAGACCGUAGAAAACACCCACCAGGAAAAUACCAACGGAGAAACAGCCUGUUUCUCGGCUUUCAACUCACUUACUCCGAGUUCGAAAGAUCAGGAGAAGACCCCAUGUCAGGUUUUUCCAAACAGUAGCGGAAUUCAUGGUUGUGCUCCCGUUCCCAUGAACAUUGUCUCCUCUUUUCAGGAAGUCGGGAAGUUUCCGAGUCAACAUACUGUGAUCGCAGCGAACGCUUCUAUAAGCGGAGGAGGUAGACAUCGCAUUCUUAUCCCGCAACAGAAACGUAUGCUUUCCUCUCCGCUGGCGCACGUGAUCAAAAGGAAAAGAAAUUUCGAAUAUGGGAAUGAGUCACCCGGCUCGCACGUGAGAGAUGAAAUAGAAAAACUCAAGAAGGAAAAACUCUUACUAGAGAAGGAAAAGCUGGCUUUGGAAAAGGAUAAAUUGAUGAUGGAGAAAGAAAAACUUGCUCUUGAAAUCCAGUUCCUACGCGAUCAAAUAGAUACAUAGGGGAAUGUCACUUCCGCUCGGCUUUGGAAAAAAACAAUGACUGUCGCACAAUGAUCACAACAAAGAGUUGUUUUCUAAGAGCUAGGGUUGUCGUUAAUAGAAAAUCUUUUAAUCCUUCGGUUCAGUGUAAGACUAGUUUGGGAAAUCUCAUUUCAAACAAUUUUAAUCUUUGUGAAACGGUUGCGAGAGACUGUUGGGUUAUCAGCUUGUUUGUAUCUUUACUAGAAAAAAUUACAGUGUUCCUGCACCAUCUAUUUUUGAGUUUCAUAAUGAUGACUAAGAACCCAGGAUAUUUUACGGAGACCUUGGCUUUGCACUCUGCUGAUCGUAGAUUUGAGAAACUCUUGCAAAAUACUCCCCGUCAAACAUAACAAAAGAGCACAACUAAGCGGGAGAAAUCUGAGAUUGAGAUUUAGGCAAUGUUGUAAAACUUUUUUAAAAUUCUCUUUUUCUAAAGACUGAACAUUAAAGAUGAUUCUUGACCAAUGACUUCGCGACAGGAGACAAUUACAUCAAGACUAUUGCGGAAAGGCACCAAGAACAAUUCUUCUUGCGUUUCAAUUGCAGCUUUUUAUCAAUUCUUGAUAUAGUUUUUAUAAAUAUUUUUUAUUUCUAGGUAUCUUUUAUUUUACUGAACAUAGUCUAAUUUACUACUUUGAACCUAAGUUAGGACCUUUCCUGAAAACCACAGUGAUGUGAUGAAAGUUUCCCAAUAAAAGAUUGUGAUCGGCAACAAUGUUAAUCCUUAGAAAUAAUUCCAACCCGUGCAGUUCCAUUUUACGUCCGUGCAUGCAGAACUGGUCUAUAAUUUUACACAGAUUUUUUGUGUUUGUUAAAUGAAUAAAAAAAGCUAAUAUAAAGUAA